AUGACCUUAUUAUAUGGUUGUCUUUUGUCUCUUCUAGUAAUCUCUGUCACUUUAGCAAUUCACUUUUUGUUCUACAAGAAUUAUCGCACUAGUGGCCUUCGGCCACCAGGCAAAACAGGUUGGCCAUUCCUAGGCGAGACCAUGGAGUUUCUUUCCACCGGCUGGAAUGGUCAACCUGAAAAAUUCAUAUUUGAUCGCAUAGCGAGAUACUCCUCAAAUAUCUUUAAAACAUCCUUGUUAGGAUACAACACUGCCAUAUUUUGCGGGCCAGCAGGCAACAAGUUUUUGUUUGCAAACGAGUACAAACUUGUACGGCUGUGGGUGCCGGAUUAUGUCAACAAGUUGUUUCCUUCUAAAAAUAGUGCGGCAGAUGAAGCCGUGAAGAUGAGGAAAGCUUUUCCAUACUUCCUAAAACCUGAGGCUUUGCAAAGAUAUAUCGGUGUGAUGGAUGAUAUAACCGCAAAACAUUUCUCUACUGAUUGGGAAAACCAUGAAGUUGUCGCGGUCUACCCUCUCAUCAAACGCUUUGCCUUUGUCAUUGCAUCGCGGUUGUUUAUUAGUGUAGACGACCCAGACCAUAUUGCAAGAUUUGCUGCCCCUUUCGAGGCGUUAGUUUCGGGGAUUUUUUCAAUCCCUAUAGACAUCCCUGGUACACAAUUUAACAAAGCGGUUAAAGGUGCAAAUCACAUACGAAAGGAGCUAAUAGAAAUAAUCAAGCAACGAAAAAUCGAUUUGGAUGAGGGGAAGGCUGAUCCUAAACAAGAUGUAUUGUCUCAUAUGAUUGUUACUAACGAUGAUGAUGAAAAUGCUAUGACAGAUUCAGAUAUUGCUAACAAGUUGAUAGCUUUGUUGCUUGGUGGACAUGAUACUAUUGCUAGUACAUGCACUUCGAUUGUAAGGUAUCUUGCUGAGCUUCCAGAAAUUUAUGAAGGAGUUUACAAAGAACAAAUGGAAAUUGCAAAUUCAAAAGGGCCAAACGAACUAUUAAACUGGGAUGACAUACAUAAGAUGAAAUAUUCAUGGAAUGUAGCAUCUGAAGUGUUGAGGCUUUCCCCUCCAUUCCAAGGAACAUUCAGAGAAGUUCUUGCUGAUAUCACCUUUAAUGGUUUUUUCAUUCCAAAAGGGUGGAAGAUAUAUUGGAGCACGAAUGGAGUACACAGAAACCCUGAAUUCUUUCCGGAUCCCCUCAAAUUUGAUCCUUCAAGAUACGAGGGAGCCGGACCCGCUCCAUACACAUACGUGCCGUUCGGAGGUGGACCGAGGAUGUGUCCUGGAAAGGAGUUUGCACGGUUAGAGAUACUCGUCUUUAUGCAUCAUAUAGCGAAGAGGUUUCGAUGGCAGAAAACUAUUCCUGAUGAAAGAAUCAUUGUUGAUCCUAUGCCUGUUCCUGCCAAAGGGCUUCCUGUUCGCCUCUACCCACAUAAAAACUGAAAUGUAUCCUCGUUUUCUUUAUAAUUAGAAGUAAAGUUUGAGACACUAUAUAUAUAGAGGUUAAAGCCAGUUGCAAAGCAAAAUGAAUAAUAAAUGGAAUGAAUAAGGUUAUAAA